GGUGCUUCCUGGAGCCUUGGUAACCGCAUGGUAACGCGCUGUGGAAGCCGGGAUUUCCGCUCUGUGUCUCUGUCUCUGCUCGGACAGGAGAACCCGCACACCCGGUGACCCGCGCUGCACACCUGCCGCCUCACCGCCAGCACCAUGAAGAUCGAGGAGGUUAAGAGCACCACGAAGACCCAGCGCAUCGCCACCCACAGUCACGUCAAAGGCCUGGGCUUGGAUGACAGCGGGGUGGCCAAGCAGGCGGCGGCCGGGCUGGUGGGUCAGGAGAACGCCCGGGAGGCAUGUGGCGUAAUCGUAGAGCUAAUUAAAAGCAAGAAAAUGGCUGGAAGAGCCGUGCUGCUCGCAGGACCUCCUGGAACUGGCAAGACCGCCUUGGCUCUAGCCAUCGCUCAGGAGUUGGGCAGCAAAGUCCCAUUUUGCCCCAUGGUUGGCAGUGAAGUCUAUUCCACAGAGAUUAAGAAAACCGAGGUAUUAAUGGAGAAUUUCCGAAGAGCUAUUGGUCUGAGAAUUCGGGAAACCAAGGAGGUGUAUGAAGGGGAGGUGACGGAGUUAACCCCUUGUGAGACCGAGAAUCCGAUGGGAGGUUACGGCAAGACAAUUAGCCAUGUUAUCAUUGGUCUGAAAACCGCCAAAGGAACCAAACAGUUAAAGCUGGAUCCCAGCAUCUAUGAGAGCUUACAGAAGGAGCGAGUGGAGGUCGGUGAUGUCAUUUACAUUGAGGCGAACAGCGGUGCAGUAAAGAGGCAGGGCAGGUGCGACACCUAUGCCACAGAGUUUGACCUUGAAGCCGAGGAGUACGUUCCGCUGCCAAAGGGAGAUGUUCACAAGAAGAAAGAAGUGAUUCAGGAUGUAACGCUGCAUGACCUGGAUGUGGCCAACGCGAGACCUCAGGGAGGCCAAGAUAUUCUGUCUAUGAUGGGUCAGCUGAUGAAGCCGAAGAAAACUGAAAUUACAGACAAGCUGAGAGCUGAAAUAAACAAAGUGGUGAAUAAAUACAUUGACCAAGGCAUCGCAGAGCUGGUUCCGGGGGUGCUGUUUAUCGACGAGGUCCAUAUGCUGGACAUAGAAUGUUUCACCUAUCUCCACCGCGCCCUGGAGUCCUCCCUGGCCCCCAUCGUCAUCUUUGCCACCAAUCGGGGUAAUUGCGUCAUCAGGGGCACUGAAGACGUGUUUUCCCCUCACGGCAUACCCCUGGAUCUGCUGGACAGAGUGAUGAUCAUCCGCACCAUGCUGUACACGCCGCAGGAAAUGAAGCAGAUUAUAAAGAUCCGGGCCCAGACGGAGGGGAUCACCAUUAGCGAGGAAGCGUUAAAUCACUUGGGAGAUAUUGGCACAAAGACUACGCUGAGAUACUCCGUACAGCUGCUGACCCCAGCUAACCUCCUGGCCAAAAUAAAUGGCAAAGACAGCAUCGAAAAAGAGCACGUGGAAGAAAUCAACGAACUCUUCUACGAUGCCAAAUCCUCUGCCAAAAUCCUGGCCGAACAGCAGGAAAAGUACAUGAAAUGACCGACCGAGAGGAAUGUUGCUAGACGUCCCACACUGAACUUUGUUUUUCACCAUGAACUUGAAGAGCGUUUUAAGUCCGGUCUGUCACGAGCAGAUAGUACAUCAGUGUGCCGGAACAUCGCCUGCGUUGCAAAUGUGAACUGGUUACAAAAUAUUUAAUGUACUUUUUUUUUUUUUUUUCUGAUUUAGAUUUUUAUUGAAACUAACUUUUUUUUUUUUAAUUCCCCCUCCCCCCCCCCCCCCCCCACCACCACCACCACGUAUAAUUUAUCCACCAUAUUUUGAUGAUUUCUCCUCCACACUUACAAACAAAUAGUACUGAAAUCCAUUCCAUCAGCUGCACAGUGAUUAAAAGGUAAAUGGUUGCACAGAUGCCUUUGGCAGCGGCCCUCUUAAGCCAUACAAAGUAGAUCGUGGUGCGAAUGUGAAUGAAACGGAUGAGAGGCGGCCAUUGAGCGAGCCUUCACCACGUUUGUUAUUCUCCUGCACCUCCGCAAUUAUCAAAUCCAUCUUCACAGUUGAAGUUUUUACAACCAAAUUGCCAAGAUGGGUAGGAAGCUUUCCCGAUUCAUUAUGUGCAGGAAGCUGGGCCCUGCCGAAAAGGGACAUAUUAGUUACAUCUUAUCAGCCUGACACCUAAUCUAGCAACAAUUACAACAGACCCAUAUAUCCUGAAAUUUCAAUUUCAGUGAAGCAAAAAAAAAAAAAUUGUAAUGUUAAGAUGGUGGCAGAGAGGGGGAGGGAUGAGGAGGGUCUGUGAAUUUUGCAUAUGGUAAAUGAGACUGAACUUGCGAUGGCUAAGGCUGAAACAAAUAGUGUUAAACACUGCUCAUUUUGUUGUCAGUGAUGUGUGUCAUUGACUUUUCCGUGGCUGUAAAUGGGUUAAAGGGCACCAAUCUCGUAUUGUCUGACGGCUUGUGCGGACAGGAGGAAGGAUCCAUUAUCCUCCUAGUCCAUUUGCCUGCCGCCUGUGUUUCCCCCUUAUAGAAACAUUGCUGAUAUUUCCUUUAGAUCGCUCUCAUUUUUGGAAUUGAUGUUACAGAUUAAGACCACCUAUAUACAGUACAGAGUAUACUGCUGGAUACUUGGGUAAUAUAGCUCUCUAUAGGUAAAUUUAUCAAGACUGUGGGGUAAAUUUACUAUGCAGCACUGUUCAAAACCCGAAUUAGUGUUUUGUCGACAUUGACCAUGUCAACAUUCAUCUGAUGAAAUGUUGGUAGAAGAAUGUUGACAAAACAUCCCAGGUGUUCUAGAGGUGACUUACCUGCUACGACAGCUCCAGCGCCAUAUUCUGGCGGAUCAGGCUGAUGUGAAUACUAACCUCCCCUCCUGUAGCCUAACCCGCCCCCUGGUGACACACUGCAGAAUGUCGGCAUUUCACGUCAACAUUGUAUAAAUAUCAACAUUCUGCCCAUGCAGACUUGGUCAGUGUUGGCACUUUAACUAUGUCAACACGAUUGCUGACAUUUUAGUGUCCACAUAAUCAAUACAUACCUCAAAACCACCGCUUCUUCGGCUUGUGGAUUUAAAGGGAAAUUAAUAUUUCCCGUUUAAAUUCAGUGGCUGUGGGAAGUAAAAGUAUCCCAUUGUGUUUUGUUUCUCUGGAGAACAAAUUCCAUUGACGCAGGCACCGACACAUAAACUUGUGCCCCUCUACGUUCAGGAAGGUUCCGUGCUCUCUGUGUACGAAGUGUAGAUGCAUCUGAAACACAACCUGCAGUGUUUCCGGUCUAUCCUGAGCUUAGUGAGUGCACAGAACGACAAGGAGUUCUGCGAGAGGCCCUAACAAAGUAACCAGGGUGGUCCCACUAUUAUACACAAGGACCAUACCUAUAGGAGACAAUACAGCCAUUAUUCUCAUACAAGGGGAAACUAGACCUUGCUCCUAAAGCCACUGUGGAUAUUGAAGUGGAUGGAACAAGCCUUUAGGUGGCACUGAUGCCGUAGUGCUGGACAGUGGAGUAUGCCUCAUUGUGUAAGACUUAUCCUAAUACUUGCAAUAAACAAACUGGUGUAUAUUAAGAAUAA